CAAUUGACUUUUUUUAGUUUCAUGUCUUGUCUGAGAAAUUAUUCUUGUCGAUCUUUCAGUUAUAUUCAAUCUCGAUCUUGCUACAGUCGAUCACUGAAUCGUGAUAUAGCUAACGAAUCAUCUGAAGUUGAGAGACGAGCUCGUUCUCUGAGAGUUUUAGAUAUCAUAUCUUCGAAAUCUGGUGAAGUUUCGAAUCGCCAGGAUCAUUUUGGUUUCGUUCAGGAAUUUCUACAAACAGAUUCGAGGCAAUUUAGAGGUCAAGCAAUUUCCGAGGAUUUUGAUCUCUUAAGAACCAAAAAUGGAGUUUCAAGCGUUCUCGAAGAAGUUAUGCUGGAGAAUUCUUCAAGCUCUGUUAAGCGAGAUGGAUGGAGUUUCGAUGCUUAUGGUUUAUCAUCCGCCGUGAGAUCAUGUGGGUCGAAUCGAGACUUUAGAACCGGUUCGGGGUUUCAUUCCUUAGCAUUGAAAGGUGGGUUUAUCUCAGAUGUCUACUUAGGAAGUUCUCUGGUCGUUUUGUACCGAGAUUCUGGUGAUUUAGACAAUGCACAUAAAGUGUUUGAAGAAAUGCCUGAGAGGAACGUGGUUUCAUGGACGGCUAUGAUUUCAGGGUUUGCGCAAGAAUGGCGAGUUGAUAUCUGCUUGAAGCUUUAUUCAAAGAUGAGAAAGUCAAACUCUGUUCCGAAUGAUUACACAUUCACGGCUCUGUUGAGCGCUUGCACGGGAAGCGGAGCCCUAGGGCAAGGAAGAAGUGUUCAUUGUCAGACACUCCGAAUGGGAUUGAAGUCGUAUCUUCAUAUCUCAAACUCUCUCAUCUCGAUGUACUGCAAAUGCGGCGAUUUGAAAGAUGCUUUCCGUAUCUUUGACCAGUUUUCAAACAAAGAUGUUGUCUCUUGGAACUCUAUGAUUGCUGGUUACGCGCAGUACGGCCUUGCAACGCAAGCAAUCAAGCUCUUUGAUGUAAUGAUGCCCAAAAGCGGAACAAAGCCUGAUGCAGUCACAUAUCUAGGAGUUCUAUCAUCGUGCAGACAUGCAGGUCUUGUAAAAGAAGGAAGAAAGUUCUUCAACUUGAUGGCAGAACGCGGCCUGAAACCAGAACUCAACCACUACUCUUGUCUGGUCGAUCUUCUUGGCAGAUUUGGUCUGUUGCAAGAAGCCCUGGAGCUGAUUGAGAACAUGCCAAUGAAACCAAACUCAGUCAUAUGGGGAUCUCUACUUUUCUCUUGCCGUGUUCACGGCGAUGUCUGGACGGGAAUCAGAGCUGCAGAGGAACGGUUGAUUCUUGAACCUGAAUGUGCAGCCACACAUGUCCAACUGGCGAAUCUUUACGCCAGUGUCGGCUACUGGAAAGAGGCGGCGACAGUGAGGAAACUGAUGAAAGAUAAAGGACUGAGGACGAAUCCAGGUUGCAGUUGGAUCGAGAUCAAUAACAAUGUUUUCAUGUUUAAAGCUGAAGAUGGUAGCAACUGUAGAAUGCUAGAGAUUGUUCAUGUUCUUCAUGUUCUCGUUGAUCACAUGGAGUUCCUCUAAUACGAUGCCGUAUUAGCGUUCUCUCAUUAGUUUUUAACUACGCAACCUCUAUUACUAAUGAAAAGACUUUAAUUUA